AUUCAACCUGGGUCUCUCUCCGGUACUACGGCAUCUUCCGCACCUCUCACUACGAGUACUUCAACUGAUGUACAAGGACUCUGCUACUGUGCUCCGAACCACAUCCCGUUUCUACUACUCCUAUACCCACUUAGCAGUUUAAACACUCCUCAAGAUCAACUCUAUUCUCGCACGUGGGCUACCAGUGUCGCGUGCUAGCUUUCUAGCUCCCGACCGGUGUCGCACAUUUUGAGCCAUGGGUGCUCUCCGGCCACAAUGAAGGGACUAUAUGAACACCCCCAGUUCGCUGGUGGAAGACCUCGUCAAUUGUGGUUUUAUGCGAACAGAAAAAUUGUGAUUGCGGUUACAAUGGGCUUCUUUACCAUUCUGCUCUCGCUCUACCUCCUCUCCGGGUAUGUAGAACCUGACUCUCCCCAUUUUCCUAUACAUGUUGCUUACCGCCCCAUCCAACCUUGGCAGAGCAUCCGCCGGUCCGGUGGUUAGAUCCCCCAAGCAGAGCUCCUCGACCUGCGACAGUGUCAAUGGGGGCUAUAAUUGCUUCUCCGAGAUUUCGCAUCUCUGGGGCCAGUACUCCCCUUACUUCUCGGUUGAAGAGGAGUCCGUCUCUCCGGCUAUCCCUGAGGGCUGCCACGUCACUUUCGCACAAGUGAUCUCCCGCCACGGUGCACGGUACCCCACUGCAUCCAAGUCCGCAAAAUAUGCCAAAGUGAUCGCAAAGAUCCAGGCCGGUGCGACGUCUUACAAAGGGGAUUAUGCGUUCCUGGAGACCUACAACUACACCUUGGGGUCGGACGAUCUGACCUCCUUCGGGGUGCAGCAGAUGGUCAACUCGGGAAUCAAGUUCUACCAGCGCUACGAGUCUCUGGCGAGGGACGGCACUCCUUUCGUUCGCGCAUCCGGGUCAAGCCGGGUGAUCGAAUCUGGCCAAAAGUUCAUCCAAGGUUUCCAGGACACGAAGCUCAAUGACACCUCGGCCCUUCCCGGUCAACUUGCUCCCUUGGUCAAUGUGGUGAUCUCCGAAAGCACCAAUGCUAAUAACUCGCUGGAUCCCAGCACCUGCACGGUCUUCGAGAACAGCGAACUGGGGGAUGAUGUUGUAGCCAACUUUACUGCCCUCCUCACGCCGCCCAUCUUGAAGCGGCUGGAGAAGAACAUCCCCGGAGCGAACCUCACGGCCAAGGAGGUCGUCUAUCUCAUGGACAUGUGCUCCUUCGAUACUAUCGCACAGUCCGAGCCGGAGACUCAGCUCUCUCCGUUCUGUGACCUCUUCACUCAUACGGAAUGGGAGCAAUACAACUACCUCCGUUCCUUGGAGAAGUACUACGGGUACGGUGCUGGAAAUCCUCUUGGCCCUAGUCGAGGGGUUGGCUUCACCAACGAGUUGAUUGCUCGUCUGACACAUACCCUGGUCCAUGACGAGACAAGUACCAAUCGCACUCUGGACUCAAGCCCGGCCACAUUCCCCUUGAACUAUACUCUCUAUGCGGACUUCACACACGACAACGGGAUGAUCCCUAUCUUCUUCGCCUUGGGCCUGUACAACGGCACCAAACCGUUGUCCAAGACGAAGGUGGAGUCGAUGAAAGAGACCGAUGGGUUCUCGGCGGCGUGGACCGUACCAUUCGGUGCGCGAGCCUACGUUGAGAUGAUGCAGUGUAAAGCACAGCCGGAGCCUCUUGUGCGGGUGCUAGUCAACGAUCGCGUGGUUCCGCUGCACGGCUGCGCGGUUGAUAAGCUAGGCCGAUGCAAGCGGGAUGACUUUGUGAGAGGACUGAGCUUUGCUAGAUCUGGUGGGAACUGGGAUCAGUGUUUCGCCUGAUGUUGAUGCAUUUUCGUUGGCUAUCUAUCUCUAAACUACCUAUACUGGUAGCAAUGCGGACUACCUGGGCUCUAUGAGCAAAUCGAUUUUACUUUUUUCAUACAAGUUAGUUAGCUAGUACAGCGUUAGUUAUACACGGUUAAAUGGUUUCAAGACAGGAGUUCCGGCAAGAUUCUGGGUGGGGAAUAAAAAGAACCAUGGACUUGUCUGGUAAGUCCUAUUUCAUUCAUUGUCAUCUUGCUUUCCCCGUGGGGAAGGUUGACGGUGCACCAUGGGCAUCUUGUCCACAACUUGCUAUCGGAGCUUUUCUUCCCAUUCUUUAUAUCUCGUAUCAUUGACGAGAGAUCUGACCAUUGAGCUUAUUUCAGCCCUUG